AUGAGGGACUACAGACGGACUCUGUUGAAUGGCAGAGAAGCUAUGAGCAUGAAGUUCUUGUGUGGAGUCUAUGUCAUACAAAUGUUGUUUCCGCUGUCGGUUCCCACCCGGCUCUAUCACAAGACAGUUGUUGAUCACUGUGAAAAUCCGAGGAAUGUGCGCUCCCUUGACAAGACAUCAAAAAAUGUUGGAUAUGGAUUGGUGGGAGCUCCAGCAUGUGGUGACUGGAUGGAAUUACAGAUUCAAGUAGAUGAAAAAGGGAUGACUGUGGAUGCCAAGUUUAAAACAUUUGGCUGUGGUUCUGCAACUGCCUCCAGGUCAUUAGCCACAGAAUGGGUAAAAGGGAAGACGGUGGAGGAAGCCCUGACCAUCAAGAACACAGACAUUGCCAAGGAGCUCUGCCUUCCCCUCGUGAAGCUGCACUGUUCCAUCCUGGCGGAAGAUGCAAUCCAGGCUGCCUUGGUGAUGACAGACUGAAACAAGAA